CUUAGCUCUUAAUGGCAUAGUUUAUAAAAGUGAAAGUUCUCUAAAUGAGCAUUUCCUUCACAAAAGUUGUUUUGAAGAGCGUUGUAAACCAGUAUUCUUUCACUUCCAAAGUAUUUCCACUAACAUGCCUAACGUUACCAGUUAUCAAACAUUUGUGUUCAACAUGGAAAAAAUAAACUAUGCUUUUGUAAGUAACCUUGGCCAAAUGCAAUCAGGGUUAUAUGUUUACGUUAGCUUUAAAAUAUAAACAAAAUUAGCAACGCAGCUAAAGUUAUUGUAAAACUGAAGUAAACUAAAUAACUUACUGUAUUUCAACAUCAUUCCACUGUACAGAACACAGUUAACACUUUGCUAAAUGAAUAAAGACAUGUGACAGAUCACUGACGAACACGCAGGGGCAUAAUAACGUAUAACAAACAUGCAAAGUAUAAUAAUAAUAAUAACAACAACAAAACAUCCUCAAAAACGAAAAUAACUUAACUUUAGCGCCAUCUUGUGUUGAAAAGAUAACGUAACACUCAAGAUAUUAAUUUGUUUUUUACAAAAACAAAAAAAUCUCCAGUGAACGACUGUAUCAAGUAUCUAGUUUACUUUAAUGGCUGUUUGUUACGUCUUCGUUAUAACUGUAUAAUAUCCAACUUCCGCUUACAAAGCGGAUUGUUUACUAUCUUAGGUUAGCCGUUGCCUAGUGACAGAGCCUGUUGCCCGAGUUUGUGAACAUGCCACCGAAAGAUGGAAAGUCUGCAAAAAAGAAAGGAGGAAUCAGCAAAGCUGAAAAAGAGAGACUGCAGAGAGAGGAAGAGGAAAAAAGACAAAGAGAAGCAGAAGAGGCUCGUCUCAUUGCUGAGCGUGAGGAGAAUGAGCGACUUGAGAGAGAGCGAAUAGAACAAGAGAAGCAACAUAUACUUGAGUUAAAGGACAGGGAGCGCAGAGAGGACGAGCUAAAUGAACUGCGUCACAUUUUAGAUGAGAAUCACUUUGCAGUCACUGUGUGGGAAGCAGAAUGCAGAGAAAAGUCAAAGUGGGAGCGCUAUAUGCUUUGCGAUGGCAGUCCAGACCCAUCAGUGCAACCUGAAAUCAACACUUACAUCAGUUUGUGGAGAGAUGACUCAGAAAACCAAAUCCAAAAGGUCUUGGAGGAAUGUGCUCUGACUCUUGAGUUGGAGAAGGAACUGGACUUUCUCUUGGGUGAUGGACCCGAGCCAAGCAUUGCUGAGCAGUAUCAAGAAACACUUCUGAGUCUACAAAAUCUCAUCCACUACAAACUUAACCAGGCCACUGAGGAGCUCCUGAAGUUUGCAAAUUAUAAUUCCGACAUCGACACUGGAAACAUGCAGACCGUGGUUAAAGACAAUAAUAUCACUCUUUGUCUGUGGGCGAAUCUUAACAAAAACCCGAGGUUUAAAGGUUACAAGUUCGAGGAAGUAGGUCUGGGUUUUGAGCUGCCGAAGCCGCUGGCUGUGAUUGAGGUAGCAGUUCGGAUUCUUCACACACGCUAUGACCAUUUGUCCCACCAUAGCGAGCGAGAACAGCUCCAGAAAAGGAGAUCCAUGAUGGAGGCCAUUCUUACUCAAAAUACUGAGAGUUCUGCAGCAGUGCAUAAUGGGAAGAUGGAGGGAGAGAGGGAUGAGAGUGAAAGCUCAAAGCAGGUGGAGGAGUGCCAUUCAGUCAGAUCUGAGAGCAGGAAGAGGAGCGCUGUGAGUGUGAUCUCAGCUAAGGAGGGGAGGAAGAGCUCUUCGGUCAAGCUGUUAGAGGAAGGAGAAAGUCAAAUGGAGGAAAUCACCACAACAUUAGAAUCGGAUCAACAUGACCCCUACCCAUCACCUGCUGAACCGGUGACUGACACUGAUGUCCAUAUAGUGGAUCUGCAGCAGUUCACACCUCUUGGUGGAGUCUUUUACUUUGACCUCUUCCACAUGCCGCCCCAGUCUCGCACAGUUAAAGGCUGGGAAAUGAGAGAGUUAUUAGACACUGGCCUCCAGGUCUUCCCCUAUCCCACAGAGCAGUCCCGCAUUCAGAGCUCUACCUCAGUGAAGCUGGAUGAACACAGCAAUACUACUGUAGCUUCAUUGCCUGUAGGGGUCACUGUAGCUCUGCCUCACUCAGUUUUGUUUCUGGAAGAUCCGCAAGUGGCACGUUGGGAUCCUAUUGGUCAACACUGGCGGACAGACUGCAUUUCUGAGACAUCUUAUGAUGCAGAAUCCCGCACCAUCUCUUUUCAGAUGACUGCAUUCUAUGCCUUCACGUUACUGCAGGAGACAUAUGCUAAUAUGCCUUUCCAGUCAUGGGAGCUGAGACCUCUUGGCCAAGACUCAGCACUGUUCACAAUCACUGGAGCUCUAAUUGAAGUCAGCAUCACAGUCAAGGGUAAGCAGUGUAUGCUGCACACGGAGGAGACAAAGGACCUGGACCAUCUUUUAGGGAAGUGGAUGAGCCCCUCGGAACUGCAGAAGGCCAUGAGGAAAGCUGGGAUCAAUAUAUUUGUAAAUGAGUAUUCCGACAAAUACGUCAGCAUCAACCUUAAGGAUCCAUUGAUAGAGCACGCAGUAUAUGAACAAAUGGCCUUAAUGUCCUCAGCUGUGGCCUUUUCAUGGAGCCGCUGGAACGCACAAUGUCGACAAGAGCACCUUGUUCUUCAAGCAUGUGAACAGAUGGAGGUAGGGCCUGUAGCUGAGGAGGCGUGGUCUCUUUACCUGUUAGGUGCCCAGAGGAACCAGCAUCUGAAGAUGAAGGAGCAGGAAGACAGCUUCUCUCCAGAGCUGGCUGAGGGUAGCGAGUUUCACUCCACCUUUCUGCACAUGCUCAGGCAGGACAUGAGCACUGAGGGUCAAGCCAGAGUCCGUCAGUCUCACCAUCUCUACAUCGACACUGUACAGAGGCUCCUUUGUGCUACGCGUGUCCUCACAUAUUCCUGAUAAGAGAAAGGGAGUAUGCACAUCCAAAAAAAAAAAAACAGACAACAGGCAUACACAGCAAUAUCUAAAACAUUUGACAGCCGUUUUGAAUACAUACAUAUAAGGUCACUGCAACAAUGAUGAUAUAACAUGCUGUAAGGAUGUUUCGAAAACUAUAUUACAGUAGAUCCUGAAUAUACAUAUAUACAUUAUAUAUAUAUAUAUAUAUAUAUAUAUAUAUAUAUAUAUAUAUAUAUAUAUAUAUAUAAUUUUAUUUUUCUAUAGCUGUGUGUAUUUUACAAAGCUUUAAAGAACCCUAUUUAGGGGCUAUUUUGGCAGGUUCCAUGCCUAAUAAUUCCCAUUUCAUUUAAUACAGUGUUCAGGGAGGCCCAUUAACACUGCAUGCUUUAGAUGUCUCCUUUGUCUGGCACACCCAUUACAGGUCUUUCAGUCUCUUAUGAUGAGCUGAUGAUCUAAAUCAGGUCUGUUAAGGAGACAUGUAAAAUUUGCAGAGCUGGUGGCUUCCAGUAACGUGGUUGAGAAACACAGAUUUAAUACACAUUAUUAUGAUGAAAGAAAUGUGUGUUCGCAAUCCAUAAUACAGUUUAAAUAAACUUUUCUUAUAUAUUCAUUAA